AUGCCCCACCAACCUCUGAAAUCAGACAAGAACAGUCUCUACAUUCGUCUCACAGAAUCUGCCGUCUUCCUUCGAACAGAUGGCGCGCCUGGCACUCGACGCGCGAACCUUUCUUCUGCGGAUAGAAGCGCGAUGCUCCGCGGCCUGCUCGUGCUAGAAUUGGUUAAGCCUACAAAAAUAACGAGCAUCGAAGUUGAGCUGUCUGCGAUGACCUCUACUGCGUGGCCUGAAGGUGUCGGCGCGCGUAGAAUCGAAGUUACGGAAGAACACCACGCAUUCCACGCCACAACGACGUACUUCAACGCUGGGAAGACCGCCAACCCAGCACGCCGAACAGCGUCCAUUGGCCCCGGAGUGUCCUAUGCUCAUACUCUGCAUCACCAUCAUCUCCACGGCGAUUUCGGAGAGGACGAAGAGGAGGGAGAGUGGGAAGACCUCCUUGGAAGGACACAUGGGCACCCGUCGCGCGCAGAUGACGACGUUGUGGACGCCCCUAAUGCUUCAGCGAACGUGAGCAGGAGCAACAGCGAGACAAAUUCUCGUGCUACACGAUCGCCACACUUGUCUCGAAUAUCCAGCUUAUACCAACCGCUGCAUUUCGGCCACCAGGCCACACCACCCUCUCCCGCCUAUGCAUCUUCUUUUAAUUCCGUUCCUCUACCACCUUCUCCCGACAUACGGCAUCAACGGCGGAUGAGCAUGGAUAUCAGCCAGUUGAGAAGAAUUCCAAUGCAUGAAGUCCAUCAUGUGGAGGAACUGGCGCCAAUACCACCGUAUUCUCCGCAUCCUCUUUCACCAGGCAGCGGUGCGUCGACAGGAGGGCAAGACUCCAGUCCAUCAGGUUCAAGUUCGAGCCUCGAAGUUCCGACAAAUGCUGCCGCUCAGAGUUUGGAAGUUUUCCGCAAUUCGUUGCAGACGACAUUGCAGAAUUUGCAGCCUCCGAGUCGAACAAGCUCAGAAUCGUCACUUCACCCCGAUCGAUCUGCUUCACGACCACCAAGCUUCGGAGAAGCUAUACCAGAGGAUGAAGCACUACAUGAGCCCCCCGCGCUGAGCCCAAGUUCUGUUCAGCCAGAGCUAUCGCCCAUCCUCGGCCCCAGCACCAUUACAGGGCCAACACCACGCCAGCAGUCCUCCGCACGUUCACGUACUCCCUCCAUACAUGAUAACCGCGACUCCGGCUCUUACUCGCGUCCACAAACUGCGUCUCCUCCAGCGCGAGCACCCAACCCAUCGACAGAGAGAGGAAGGAGGGGAAGUCGGUUCAGUUUCUCGGCCGUAUCGAAUAUUUUUAUGGACGCGGUCCGCACGACCUCUCCACGGACGAGUAAAUUAGGGCAGUCACGCGAACGAGGAAGGGAACCCUCUGCUGAUGGGAGUCCGCGUGGUGCUGGUGGGAGUCGAAGUGCGAGGGGGCGAGCUGGUGCCAGCCAGCAGAGAGGCAGAACGAUGGAGAGAGGUCUGGCAAGUCCUCUAGAGAUGGACAUUGAAGCAGAGGAGGCGGAUGCGGAGAGCUCACGGGUGAGGGAGCCGAAGGAACGUGGGAGAGGGAUUGGGAAGAUAUUGAAAGAUUGGGAGAAGGAACACCUACACCAUAAAGAGGGCUGGAAGGAAUUUAAGAAAGGGACCUAUUCUUACCCAAUAUCCUUCAGCAUACCUAGCAAUGCCCCACCAACAAUGUUCUGCGAUUUCGGCUCAGUCUCUUGGCGACUCAAGGCCACCGUACAUCGACCUGGGGUGUUGAAGUCGAAGCUGACCGCUGCCCGCGACGUUGUCAUCAUUGCUUGCCCCACGGAAGAGGAUACUGAGGAUACUGAGAACAUUAUCGUGGAGAGGCACUGGGACCAACAGCUCCAAUACCUGAUAUCCAUCUCAGGCCGGAGCUUUCAUAUCGGUGGAACAGUGCCCGUGUCGUUCACUCUCAUGCCCCUGACGAAGGUUAAAAUCCAUCGAAUAUCUGUGUUGCUAGAAGAACGAGUCGAUUAUUAUACCAACAUGCGGCGCAUCGCUCGCUCGGAUCCUCCUACUCGCUUCACAUUGCUCUCAAUAAGAGGCGAAGGGAAAGGAGCUGACCCAAUUCUGCCUCUUGAAUCCGACGAUGUCGAAGUCCUACGCAAUUCGCCCUUAUUCCAGAUCAUCAACCAGGAAGACGACCUAGGCGAGAUAGCAUCGAACUUGAUGGGUCCUGGCCCUUGGUCCUUCCACCGCGAUCUGAAGCUUCCGAGUUCCUGUGAUAUACUCAAAUUCACGAACCGAAAUAGGCGGAGCAAUAUCCUUGUUACACACUUGCUCAAGCUGAUCAUGAGAGUUGAGCGGGGAGACGAUUUGUACGUCGACAAGUCAGGUAGAAGGAAGAUGUUUGAUAUCGUGGUGCAGACGCCAGUCCUCAUCCUGUCGUGUCGCUGCAAUCCUGAAUGGACGUCACUGCCACGUUACUCAGAGGCAUUUGACGACCCGACCAACUUCAUCCCAAGCUGUCCUUGCCAGGUUACUCGUGAGCAAGGAGACAUUGGCUUCCGGAGUGCCCUCGAACGGGUGACUUCAAGACACUCCUCCGACUCCGCUGCCUCCGCGGCAGAGACGAGCCCCAUCCACCCCAAUUCGAUGCGUUCGCUCAGGCAGUUGAGCUUCAGCGAGGCCAUCGUCCGCUCCAGCAACCUAUUCGAACGCCUGAUAUCAGGCCAGGAGAGCGAGACUGGAGAAGCGCCUCCUGCGUACGAUAUCGUAUCGCCCAGGCCACACGUCACGGUUUCGCCAGGUGUUGCUGUUCUUUAG